AAUCAAGACAGUGAUAAAGAAUAUUCUGAAAAAGUUAAUAUUAAAAAUAAUUGGAAAAUUAGAAAUGAUGCGAACAAAAUUGAUAAUGAAAUUAAUCAUAAUAUUGGUGAUAAAAUUGAUAAUGAAGGUGAUGAAGUAAAUGUAGAUAAAAGAUGUCGGCUUGACUGA